AGGCAGGAAAUGCUUCCCAGGCAAUCUGGGCCUGCUUGUGGAGGCCCCUUUCGCAAGACAUCAGUCUGAAUUGAGUGGACAGAAGUCACUAAGAACGCCUCGACAGACUCCUGCUUUAGCCAAGGCUCCCUCCAGCUGCAGAGGGUGUUUUUGUGAGAAUCACACUCUGCGUGAAACUGCUUAGAAUAGAGCCAUGAUCUCAACCACGAAAUGUGAACUUAUAUUUUGGAGGAACUCACGGGGACGGACUUCUUUCCUAGCCUGAGUGUUGAACAAUGUCAUGCCUGGGCGUUUCAGCUGCUCGUUGUCUAGGUGGUGAAAUGACAAAACUCACUCUCUUCUUCAGUCAGUGCGUAUGAAGUCAUCUUUCAUCAAGUUCCAUCUCCUUUAGUCUCAUAUGGAACGUAUCUCUCUAACUGUUGUUAAACUACGAUGACAUGUCUGUAGCUAUCAGAAAGAGAAGCUGGGAAGAACAUGUGACCCAAUGGAUGGGACAGCCUUUUAAUUCUGAUGAUUAUAACCCAGCAUGUCAUCAUGGACUAGUAGCUGACAGCUUGCAGGCAAGUAUGGAAAAAGAUGCAUCUUUAAAUGUGGAUCGUAAAGAGAGGUGUGUUUCACUACCGGACUGCUGCCAUGGUUCAGAGCUGAGAGACUUUCCUGGGAGGCCCAUGGGUCACAUUUCAAAGGAGGUGGAUGAAAAUGACAGCCACGAAGGUGAAGAUCAGUUUCUUUCUCUGGAGGCCAGCACAGAAACACUAGUGCAUGUUUCUGAUGAGGAUACCGAUUCCGAUCCAUAUAUUACAGAUGAUAAACAGAUGUUAACUGCCCAAGGACAAAAAAUAUCAGACAAACAGAGCAACAGAGGAGCAGGCUCCUCAGUAAAGAUGCUGCCCAUCAUGGAAGGUCACCCAAGUGAUUCCUGGAGAAUGGCUGCUGGAUCUGACUCAGCACUGGUAGAAGAAAGGGGGGAGAAAAAAGUUGUUGACAUUGUAAGUGAAAGCCUGGAGCUUUGUAAUGAUAUAAGCUUAAGUGAAAGAAAAGAUGCAUCUAAUAAGAUAAAUGCAUGUGACUCUUCGAAUGUGAAAGAUAUUGUGCCUGAGAAGCAAUUGUUUAAUUCUGCUGUAAUUGCUCAGCAACGAAGGAAACUUGACUUCCCUAAAGAUGAACAUGGAAGAAACACCUGCAAUGUAGUACAGGGUGAGUUCUCGGCUCUUCCUUGCAUGGACAGAGGACUGGCGUUAUUAAAAGCAGAUUCUGGAAGCUGCCUCCUGCAACCUCCUUCCUGCCCUAGUGGAAUGUCAGCUGAAAAUGGCCUCAAGAAGAGUGGUUUCUCAGAACAUCAAAACAAAAGUCUCCCACAGGUCGGCUCAGGAGAUGGCAUGCAGUGUUUACACUUAAAGGAAACUCUGGCCACCCAGGAGCCCACAGACAACCCCGUCAGGCUUCGCAAAAGAAAGGAAAUAAGAGAAGAUCGAGAUAGGGCGCGGCUGGACUCCAUGGUGCUGCUAAUUAUGAAACUGGACCAACUUGAUCAGGACAUUGAGAAUGCCCUCAGCACCAGCUCCUCUCCAUCCAGCACACCAACAAACCUGCGGCGGCACAUUCCUGAUCUGGAGUCAGGAUCUGAGGGUGGAGCAGAUACCAUUUCAGUAAAUCAGACACAAAUAAAUUUGUCUUCUAACUCUGAAUCUACCGACCUACCAUCUUCCAGCCCAGUGGCCAGUUCUGGAACCAAACCCAAGUCUACGGCACUUCCAGGUAUUUCAGACAAGGAAACGGCUGAAAUUGAAGCCAAGGAAGCUUGUGAUUGGCUACGGGCAACUGGUUUCCCCCAGUAUGCACAGCUUUAUGAAGAUCUUCUGUUCCCCAUUGAUAUUUCCUUGGUCAAGAAAGAGCAUGAUUUUUUGGACAGAGACGCCAUUGAGGCUUUAUGCAGGCGUCUAAAUACUUUAAACAAGUGUGCGGUGAUGAAGCUGGAAAUUAGUCCUCAUCGGAAGAGAAGUGAGGAUUCGGACGAGGACGAGCCUUGUGCAAUCAGCGGCAAAUGGACUUUCCAGAGGGACAGCAAGAGGUGGUCCCGGCUGGAAGAGUUUGAUGUCUUUUCCUCAAAGCAGGACCCAGCCCCCGGGGCCGCCGACGACACCCACCUGAAGAACGCGGCGAGCCACGAGAGCAUGCUGACGGAGCUCAGCGAGCGCCAGGAGGUGGCUUCGGUCCUCAGCCUCAGCAGCACGGGCAGCCUCCCCGUGCACGCGCCCCACGCCGGGGACGCGGCGACGCCCCGGACCAACUCGGUCCUCAGCGUCUGCUCCUCCGGCAACUUCGUAGGCAACGAUGACUCGUUCUGCAGCCUGCCGUCUCCCAAGGAACUGUCGGGCUUCGGCUUCAGCCUGAAGGGCCCCGAGAAGAACGCCAAGUCCAAGACGCGCAGCCUGCUGAAGCGCAUGGAGAGCCUGAAGCUCAAGGGCUCGCACCACGGCAAGCACAAGGCGCCUUCCAAGCUGGGGCUGAUCAUCAGCGGGCCCAUUCUGCGGGAGGGGCUGGACGAGGAGAAGCUGAAGCAGCUGAACUGCGUGGAGAUCUCCGCGCUCAACGGCAACCACAUCAACGUGCCGGCCUUGCGCAAGCGGAGCGUCUCCAACUCCACGCAGACCAGCAGCAGCAGUAGCCAGUCGGAGACCAGCAGCGCCGUGAGCACGCCCAGCCCGGUCACCAGGACCCGGAGCCUCAGCGCCUGCAACAAGCGGGUGGGCAUGUACCUGGAGGGCUUUGAUCCGUUCAGUCAGUCCACGUUCAACAGCGUUACGGAACAGAACUUCAAGAACCGCGAGAGCUACCGGGAGGACGCCGUGUUCUACAUCCCGGAAGAUCAUAAGCCUGGCACUUUCCCCAAGGCCCUCUCCAAUGGCAGUUUCUCUCCCUCAGGGAAUAACAGCUCCGUGAACUGGAGGACUGGAAGCUUCCACGGCCCCGGCCACAUCAGCCUGAGGAGGGAAAACAGCAGCGACAGCCCCAAGGAGCUUAAGAGACGCAAUUCCUCCAGCUCCAUGAGCAGCCGCCUGAGUGUCUAUGACAACGUGCCGGGCUCCAUCCUCUAUUCCAGUUCAGGGGACCUGGCCGACCUGGAGAACGAGGACAUCUUCCCCGAGCUGGAUGACAUCCUCUACCAUGUGAAGGGGAUGCAGAGGAUCGUCAACCAGUGGUCAGAGAAGUUUUCGGAUGAGGGAGACUCUGACUCAGCCCUGGACUCGGUCUCUCCGUGCCCGAGCUCUCCCAAACAGAUACACCUGGAUGUGGACAACGACCGAGCCACGCCCAGUGACCUGGACAGUACGGGCAACUCCCUGAAUGAACCCGAAGAGCCCUCGGACAUCCCGGAAAGGAGGGAUUCUGGGGUUGGGGCCUCCCUGACCAGGUCCAAUAGGCACAGGCUGAGAUGGCACAGUUUCCAGAGCUCCCAUCGGCCGAGCUUAAAUUCUGUGUCACUGCAGAUUAACUGCCAGUCGGUGGCCCAGAUGAACCUGCUGCAGAAAUACUCGCUCCUAAAGUUAACUGCCCUGCUGGAGAAAUACACACCUUCUAAUAAGCAUGGCUUUAGCUGGGCUGUGCCCAAGUUCAUGAAAAGGAUCAAGGUCCCAGACUACAAGGACCGGAAUGUGUUCGGGGUCCCUCUGACGGUCAAUGUGCAGCGCACGGGACAGCCCCUGCCCCAGAGCAUCCAGCAAGCCAUGCGCUACCUCCGCAACCACUGUUUGGAUCAGGUGGGGCUUUUCAGAAAAUCCGGUGUCAAAUCCCGGAUCCAGGCUCUGCGCCAGAUGAAUGAAAGUGCCAUUGAUUGCGUCAGCUAUGAGGGGCAGUCUGCUUAUGAUGUGGCAGACAUGCUCAAGCAGUAUUUUCGAGACCUUCCUGAGCCGCUAAUGACGAACAAGCUCUCAGAAACCUUUCUACAGAUCUAUCAGUGUGUGCCCAAGGACCAGCGCCUCCAGGCUAUCAAGGCCGCCAUUAUGCUCCUGCCUGAUGAGAACCGGGAGGUCCUACAGACCCUCCUUUACUUCUUGAGCGACGUCACAGCAGCUGUAAAAGAAAACCAGAUGACUCCCACCAACCUGGCUGUGUGCCUAGCGCCUUCCCUUUUCCACCUCAACACCCUGAAGAGAGAGAAUUCUUCUCCAAGGGUAAUGCAAAGAAAACAAAGUUUGGGCAAACCAGAUCAGAAAGAUUUGAAUGAAAACCUCGCUGCCACUCAGGGUCUGGCCCAUAUGAUUGCUGAGUGCAAGAAGCUUUUCCAGGUCCCUGAGGAAAUGAGUCGAUGUCGGAAUUCCUACACAGAACAGGAGCUGAAGCCCCUCACUCUAGAAGCACUGGGGCGCCUGCAUCACGACGAGUCGGCUGACUACCAGCACUUCCUCCAGGACUGUGUGGAUAGCCUGUUUAAAGAGGUCAAGGAGAAGUUUAAAGGCUGGGUCAGCUACUCCACGUCUGAGCAGGCCGAGCUCUCCUAUAAGAAGGUGAGCGAAGGACCUCCCCUAAGGCUUUGGCGGUCCACCAUUGAAGUCCCUGCCAUGCCUGAGGAAAUCUUAAAGCGCCUCCUCAAAGAACAGCACCUCUGGGACGUAGACCUCUUGGAUUCCAAAGUGAUUGAAAUCCUGGACAGCCAAACGGAAAUUUACCAGUAUGUCCAAAACAGUAUGGCGCCCCAUCCUGCCCGGGACUACGUGGUUUUGAGAACAUGGCGGACUAAUUUACCGAAGGGCGCAUGUGCCCUUUUACUCACCUCCGUGGAUCAUGACCGGGCACCUGUGGUGGGGGUGAGAGUCAAUGUGCUUCUCUCCUGGUAUCUGAUCGAACCCUGCGGGUCGGGGAAAUCCAAACUCACCUACAUGUGCAGAGCCGACUUAAGGGGCCACAUGCCAGAGUGGUACACAAAAUCUUUUGGACAUUUGUGUGCAGCCGAAGUCGUGAAGAUCCGAGACUCUUUCAGCAAUCAGAACACUGAAACCAAAGACCCCAAAUCUAGGUGAUUACUGAAGCCGAGCGGCUGUGUCCACCGUCCGGACGUUUGUUUCUGGAAGCCCUUUGCCGGUCCUUGGAAGAAUGGGUUCUGAGUCUAGUCCUGAAACUAAGACAGCUAGAAGUUGGAGUGUGGGGAUCACCUGUAGCGAUUUUAAGACAUUUUUAAAGCUGCUUCCUGUUUGUUGAAGGUCUAGAUUAUAGACCUUGCCUGGAAUAUAUAAGACUGUGCAAAAGAAAAAAAAAAGUGUUCUUAUUCAAGUUGCUUCUGAGAAGCAAAACUAUAAAUACGUUACAGAAAAUAAUGAAGAGACGUCAUUCUCUUGUGAUACUGGUGUGUGUGUCCCUGUGUCGUCGUAUCUGCAGCGUGUUGGGGGACCGGUGUAUCCACUGGAAUCGUUGGUACUCUUUGACCUGUUUCUCACUGAGAUGAGCAAAGAAAGGUUUGCACAGAGGAGUGUCUGUACGUGUGUUUGUUGCUGGUUGAGUGGCAGAGAGGUGUACAUUGGAGCACAGUGUCUGGCACACUGGGACGCCUUCUAGAAGGAUUUUGAUGCGUCAGGUUCAGUUUAACCUGAGAUACUGACUGCCCAUGGACCCAUCCAGAAAGGGGACCCAACACCCUUGGUCGCUUCUUUCUUUUUCCAAGUCAUUAAGCACAUUCCUUUUUUACCAACCUCCUCUUUCCUUAAAAGUAAUUGUGGUCGAUUGAUUCCAGUGUCCCUUCUCAAACACAGUUGUCUUUAGACCUCAUUGCAAAUAGCGAUAUAGUUUUUUAACCAGUAUGGAUUAGUUCAGGGAAGAAACUACUCCCCCCCAGCCCCCACCCUUACUAGCUCCAAAGCACAGUUUUAUUUGGGGGUUUUUGUGUUUGUUUUGUAAGUCAAGAUACAACGACUGAACACCCUAACAUCUACUCCUGAAUCAAGCCUCAGAACCUUUUACCUGUUGGAAUGCUUUGCAUUUUCCUGUUUAUAACCAAAAGUCUUGAAGACACACCGAAAACAUCGGAAACUAUGUAUGUCCCAAGGAAAUCCCUGUAAAUUUAACCCACGGUAUUAAAAUUUAACAACAGGUGCUGAUUGUUGUUAGUCACGGCAUUUCUGAAAGCUGCACAUAUUUAGUUGUUGGAUUUGUCCUGAAAUUUUCAGCAAAUAGUUUUUCUGGUUUUGCAACUUUUUUUUUUUUGUGCUUUGUUUUCCCUACAUUUCUUUUUCUUUUCCUUUAUAGUGAUGCCCUUGGACUAUCUUUUUAGCGGUAAAGGAAAAUAGUUAUCGCAGGGAAAAAAAACUGAAAAAGCACCAGCACAGUUUUUUGGAAGGGUGGGUGGUCUUUGUCCAGGUUUUACUGUAACCAUAAAGAUUGACUCAUGAGACAGUAUUAGUGAAUUUAUUUUGUAUGGAUCAAAAGUGAAUAAUGUAUGAAUGAGAGAUGUAAGAAGGAUUUUUAUUUUGUUAUAAUUUAGUUACCAUUGUCAGUGUUAUUUCAAAGGUUCUUUGAAGAAUUUGCAGUGGGGGGGAGAUUAGAGUUUUAAAAUUUGAGUAUUUUGGAUAUCAGUGUUCCUCAUGAAGAUAUACUUGUAUAUUCAAUUUUAAUAGCUUUCAGAUUUGUAAGAUUAUAUGUUGUAUAUACCAUUCUAUUAAGAUAAAGAAACAUGUACACAUGUCCACUGUGCUUUCAAACAUAGAUAAAGCAUGAUAAAAAUUAUUAUUUAAAAUAUACUUGUAUUUAUACCUCAGAUAUUCUUUUGGGUUUUGUACCUCAAGGCUUUUUUUUUUUUCCUAAUGUAAAUACACUUUACAUGAAUACAAUCUAAGUGAAAGAAAAAAUAAGAGGUUUAUAACUUGCUCUAUAUCUGUACAGAAUAUAAUCCGUAAGUGCACUAUUAAAUGUUUAAAGUAAGGGAAAGGUCUGGCCUGCUUUCCUGUGUAUUGCAUCUCACUCCUACCCUUAAAAACCACAGAUUGCAAAGCGUAUCAUUCUAGCAUCAACUAAAAUGAAAAUCAGAUUUGCUGAAGGAGAAAUCGGACUGCAAAUCAUUCCAAGGCCGAACUGCCACUGAGCCACUCACUAACAAACAGGAAACCCUGGUGAAGGUUCAGGAAGCAUGGAGAUUCUCUCCUAACAAAGGUCGUUAGGAAACGAUGCUGAGAGAGUUACAAGGAUAAGGAGCCAGCGAGAGAAAGAUGCUCAUAAGCAAAGCCAAGGUCACCAUUAAAGUCCACACAAGGUCUCUUUCCCACUGGUCCGCUUUCCUGUAGAAAGGAUUCCUUACACGUACGACAACAGGAGAAUUCAAAGGAUGUGAAUGUUCCAAGAACUCUGUGUAAGUCACCUCGAGUGCUAUUGCCAUGACUUACUAUUGUGACUAAUCACCUAGAUUGUAAGCUCUUUGAGGGCAGGGCUCUUCUACACAUCUUUAUAAUCCCCUACAGCGGCUUUCAGUGUUUUGUACUUGUAGGCACCUAAUAAAUUUAUUAUUUGCUAAAUGGAA